CUACAGCCUUGUUUCAAACUGGCCGGAUUUUUAAAAAUAUAAUUCAUUUUUCCUCAUAAAAUAAAUUAAGGUUUAUUGUACACAUAAAUUUAGACGCCAUCUGACGUCUGAAAUCAUGUGUCUUAAAUAUUUCCAUUUGUUUUACUGAUCAUGAUUAUCUGUAAAUUUUCAUAAAUUUCUAGGUACAUUGUUUAUAUAAAAAAUCAACGUUGCAUAUACGAUUUCUUGUAAAAUUUUACAAAAUUUUAUUUCCAUGAAAGAAUGAGGGAGGUGAUCUCUUUACAUUUAGGUCAAGCUGGGGUUCAGGUAGGUACCACAUGUUGGGAGUUGUACAGCCUAGAACACGGUCUAGAUACCGCAGGGGAUCUCUUGAAUUGCUUACCAAACAAGGUCGAAGAGAACGAGUCCCUCAAUACUAGGAGAAAGAAUUACCACGAAUAUGGGGAUGGAGUCAAAAAGUUCACAGAUGGUUUCGCUAGUUUUUUCCAAGAGAUGUCUUCAGGCAAUUAUUCUCCAAUGGCGAUGCUUGUUGACUUGGAGCCUACUGUAAUCGAUGAGGUGAGGACUGGUAAGUUCAGAAAGCUCUACAACCCUAGUAACCUAGUGACGGGAACCGAAGAUGCUGCCAACAAUUUCGGCCGAGGAGCUUACACCGUCGGGCGAAGGAUGCUGGAUCACGUCUUGGACCCUUUGAGGAAGAUGGCGGAAUCGUGCGAGAAACUGCAAGGGUUCAUGUUGUACCAUUCCUUCGGCGGCGGAACCGGUUCAGGUUUCAAUGCACUCCUCAAUGAAAAUCUCUCCUGCGAGUAUCCCAAAAAGAGCAAACUGGGAAUCGCAAUCUUCCCUUCUCCGACGAUGUCAACAGCAGUGGUAGAACCUUAUAACGCAGUUUUGAAUACACACGCAACCCUUGAACACACUGACUGCGUCUUUCUUGCAGACAAUGAAGCUAUGUACAACAUCUGCCAAACACGAUUGGACAUCGAUAGCCCAACUUAUUGCAACUUGAAUCGUCUUCUAGCACAAACAGUGAGCUCUAUAACAGCUAGCCUGAGGUUCAAAGGAACAUUGAAUGCCGACUUUACUGAUUUUCAAACAAAUCUCGUUCCUUAUCCGAGGAUACAUUUCCCUCUGAUGAGCUAUGCUCCAAUCGUCAGUUCGAAAAGAGUGAACCAUGAAACACUUUGUAUCACAGACCUGACUAAUCAAUGCUUCGAUUCUCAAAACAGAUUGGUGCGUUGCGAAAAUGAAUCGGGGCGAUACAUGGCCUGUUGCCUUCUGUAUAGAGGCGAUGUAACACCAAAAGACGUGAACGCCGCUAUUGCCCAAAUCAAGAACAAAAGAAAUGUCAAGUUCGUUUCUUGGUCUCCAACAGGAUUUAAAGUUGGUAUCAACAAUAAAGUUCCAGCCAACGUACCAGAAGCAGAUAUGGCGUCUGUACAAAAGGCUGUGUGUAUGCUGUGUAACACAACCGCAAUCAAAGAGGCCUGGAUGGCCCUGAACGUUAAAUACAACCUAAUGUUGGAAAAGAAAGCAUUCAUUCAUUGGUACACAGGUGAAGGGAUGAGUGAGCAAGAAUUCUUAGACGCAAUGGACGACCUUCUCACUCUGGAACAAGACUAUGAAAUGCUAAGCACAGAAGAAUGAGUGUUCUGUCAAUCAUCCAGCCUUCUAUUCAAAGAGGAAAAAAUUAAGAAAAAAAGUGUAUGUUUAUUUAGUUGAUUAAAAGUCCUUGUAUUAAAAGCAGUUUAUUUCGGGCUAAUUUAUUAUUCAUAAACAAGAAAUAAAUGAGAAUAGAGCUAAUGAUUUUCCAGCUAAUUUUAAACCUCGUAUGAUCUUGGAUAAAAAUUUAGGCAAUUCUCAUCGAUUCGAAACCCUAUAUAAAACUAUAUUUAAAAAAAAAAACUCAGAACUGCC